GCUACUAACCUGCCUGGCUGAUAGUGUUGGAUGUAUGAUAAGGUUUAAUUAAUACACUGAUUGGAGGGAGAGAGAGAGAGAGAGACAGACAGAAAUGGUGUAUGUAAUUUUACAGCAAAGAUGACUCUUUUUUUAUGCUGAAAGGCAAUGAUGCAAAUGUGAUUUAGUACACAAAAGAGAGGACUGGCAGAAUGGAAGUUCUGCGUACAGUUCCUGAGCUCACCUUUAGAAUGGAUCACAGUGUGCUGUACAUGGAUAUAUAUAAUGAAUAAUAACUUUCUAAACCCCUGCUCUUUGAUGGCUCCUCAAACACUGAAGAAAAGGGAGAGCAACAUACACUGCAGAGGGAAUAGUCUUUCUUGCGGGCACUGGAUUUGAAGUAAAGCCAGCUUGCUGAAGCAGAAUUUGGGGUUACAACAGAAACACAAAUGACCAUCCGGACACUUGGGGAAAUGCUAGGACAAGAUGAGCUUGAAAUCAAGAUCAAAAAUUAGUUUUGGAUGAAUUUGGAUUUUUUCUUUUGCUGCCGUCUUUCUGCCUUGGUGUAACAGGGCAGGUGUUGAUGGACGAGAAGCUCUAACAGCAGAAAACACAAUGGGAAAUACUUUAUAAUAACACUGAAGCAGCAGGUUUGGGUCCUUCUUAGCAGUGUACAUUCCCAAAGGUACCUGAUGUAGGAACUAAACCAACAACCUUGCUUUAGUGCUGCAAAGAGGGUACAUGACUGCAAAUCGAAACUAAUCUUUUUAUCCAAAGUACCAAAAAAAUGCUGAAAUUAAAAGCAUUCUGCCUGGAUUAUUGGCAGUUUUUAUGUCUUCAACCACUUCAUGGAUUUUAUAAAAGUGUGGAGGGUGAAGCCACAAACACAGAGACAGGCACGUCUCUGGACAGUCCAUCGGGUUAUGGCCAAGGAUCACUAUCACACAGUUCUUCUAUAAGCCCAGAUCAGUUUGACCAUCCAGCUUAUAAUCCUUAUGCCGCUGCCUCUGGUCAACAGCGCCCUCGACGGCCAAAACUACAGCAUUCAACAUCCAUCCUGAGAAAACAAGCUGAAGAGGAAGCUAUCAAGCGGUCACGAUCUCUCUCUGAAAGCUAUGAGUUGUCUUCAGAUUUGCAGGAUAAACAGGUGGAGAUGCUAGAACGCAAAUAUGGGGGGCGUUUCAUAACAAGACAUGCAGCUCGUACAAUACAGACAGCAUUCCGCCAAUAUCAGAUGAACAAAAACUUUGAGAGGUUGAGGAGUUCCAUGUCUGAAAAUCGUAUGUCAAGACGUAUUGUGCUGUCCAAUAUGAGAAUGCAGUUUUCCUUUGAAGGACCUGAAAAAGUCCAUAGUUCUUACUUUGAAGGGAAACAGGUCUCUCUAAGUAACGAUGGAACUAAUAUAGGCUCCCUUGUGCCGUCAGAGUGUGGUACUCAUGGAGAAUCAGCUAUUAUAAAGUCCCCAGUAGCAUCUACAGACUUUUCGGAUGCAAUAACUGAACUAGAAGAUGCUUUCUCGAGGCAAGUUAAAUCCCUUGCUGAAUCCAUUGAUGAUGCCCUGAACUGCCGUAGCCUUCACUCUGAUGAUGGCCAAACAUUAGAUCAAACCCAAGGACAUUCUGUGGACAGAGAUGGGUCUUGUCAGGGAAAGUCCAUGCGUGAUAUUGACCACAGAAAACUGGAUGAGAUGACUGCUUCAUAUAGUGAUGUCACUUUAUAUAUUGAUGAAGAAGAACUUUCUCCACCGGUUCCAUUGUCUCAUUCUGUGGACAGGACAUCAAGCAUUGAGUCUGAACUGCGGCACAGGUCAGUUAACUCUGCUCAAGAGUACUGGUCUAUGACCCACAGAGAUGACAAAAUUGAUACUGAUACAAGCUGCAGGAGUACUCCUUCUUUGGAGUGUCAAGAACAAAGACUUCAAAUGGAUCACCUGCCUCUUUUAACUAUAGAGCCACCAAGUGACAGCUCAGUGGACUUAAGUGACCGUUCAGAAAAGGGAUCACUAAAGAGACAAAAUGCUUAUGAAAGGAGUAUGACCAGUCAGCAAGGAAGCCCCAAGCAUGUUCCCCAUACAGCUCAUCCACGAGGGCCACUCAGAGAGGAAGACCUAGCUAGACAUAGACCACGACCGAUUGAAGGUCACUUGGUCAUCAAUGGCACAGCCAAUAGGCAAAGCAAAUCAGAGUCUGAUUAUUCUGAUGGAGAUAAUGACAGUAUCAAUAGCACUUCCAACUCCAAUGAUACAAUAAAUUGCAGCUCAGAGUCCUCCUCUAGAGACAGCCUACGUGAACAAACUCUGAGCAAACAAACAUACCACAAAGAAACUCGAAACAGCUGGGAUUCACCUGCUUUUAGUAAUGAUGUCAUCAGGAAGCGCCACUAUAGGAUUGGGCUUAAUCUUUUCAAUAAAAAACCAGAGAAGGGAGUUCAGUACCUUAUAGAGAGGGGAUUUGUACCAGAUACUCCAGUUGGUGUUGCACACUUUCUACUUCAGAGGAAAGGCCUCAGCAGACAAAUGAUUGGCGAAUUCUUGGGAAACAGACAAAAACAGUUUAACAGAGAUGUUCUUGACUGUGUGGUUGAUGAGAUGGACUUCUCUGCAAUGGAACUCGAUGAAGCUCUCAGGAAGUUUCAGGCUCACAUCAGAGUCCAAGGAGAAGCCCAGAAGGUGGAACGACUUAUAGAAGCUUUUAGCCAGCGGUAUUGCAUCUGUAAUCCAGGGGUGGUAAGGCAGUUCCGAAAUCCAGAUACCAUCUUCAUCCUAGCUUUUGCUAUCAUACUGCUAAACACUGACAUGUACAGUCCCAAUGUCAAACCUGAACGCAAAAUGAAGCUGGAGGAUUUUGUCAAAAAUUUAAGAGGUGUUGAUGAUGGUGAAGAUAUCCCACAAGAGAUGCUGAUUGGGAUUUAUGAGCGGAUCCGCAAACGGGAGCUGAAGACAAAUGAAGACCAUGUUUCUCAGGUUCAAAAGGUUGAGAAGCUCAUUGUGGGCAAGAAGCCAAUUGGAUCCCUCCAUCACGGACUUGGCUGUGUGCUGUCAUUGCCACAUCGCAGGCUUGUCUGUUACUGUCGAUUAUUUGAAGUUCCAGACCCAAAUAAACCACAAAAACUUGGACUACAUCAGCGAGAAAUCUUCCUGUUUAAUGACCUCCUUGUGGUUACCAAAAUCUUCCAGAAAAAGAAAAAUUCAGUGACAUACAGCUUCAGGCAGUCGUUUUCUUUAUAUGGAAUGCAGGUGCUUCUGUUUGAAAAUCAGUAUUAUCCUCAUGGAAUACGACUCACUUCUGCAAUUCCUGGAGCAGAUAUCAAAGUUCUUAUCAAUUUCAAUGCACCCAAUCCCCAAGACAGGAAGAAGUUCACAGAUGAUCUAAGAGAGUCCGUUGCAGAGGUUCAGGAAAUGGAAAAGUACAGAAUAGAGAGUAAGUACAAAGCUGAGCUGGAAAAGCAAAAAGGAGUGGUGCGUCCCAGUAUGUCUCAAAGCUCUGGCCUGAAGAAAGAAGCUGGAAAUGGCGCCCUGAACCGAGCAAGCUUAGAUGAUACUUAUGCCAUGGGGGAGGGUCUAAAGAGGACAGCCCUUAGCAGCUCUCUGCGAGACCUCUCAGAAGCAGGAAAGCGUGGGCGUCGGAGCAGUGCAGGAUCGCUAGACAGCAAUAUGGAAGGCUCCAUCAUUAGCAGUCCUCACAUGCGUCGAAGAGCCACAUCAACCCGAGAGGGUUCAUCUCGUGGCCACCAAACAAUACCUAACUCAUCGUCCCUUCUUGGUACGUUAUUUGGCAGUAAGAAGGGGAAAUCUCCUUCCCAGGGCCAUGCUACAGCUGGCCCGCCUCCACAGGCUUCGCAUCCUGCAGCAUCUAUGCAUCAGCAACAUUCACAGCAGCUUCAGUCCUCUGUACAUCACACAGGUCAGGCAGAAGGGCAGGCACAGGUGCAGCUGCAUGCCCAUCAUUCCCAGCAUUGUCACAUGCAGCAAAACCCUCCACCCUACCACCAUCACCACCACUACCACCCCCCACAGCAUGUUCAACAUCCACAUCAGUACCACCAGCAUAUACAGCAUUCCCAGCAUGCAGCACAUUCCCAGCUUCCAUCCUACAUCCAGCACACGCAUUCACACUCAUCCUAUCCUCCAUUACCGACCUCCCAUUCUCAGCACCAUUCACAUUCCCAGCAUGCUCAGCAUCAUCAUGGACAACAGCCCGCACCACCCCCUCCUUCUGCUAGCAGUAAGCCUAAACACAGUGGCAUUAGCACAAUAGUCUAAGACUUAAACAUAGUUUCUUCUCUGAUCCACUGCGGUGUUAUUGACAGGUCUGAAGAUGCAAGCAGUGUAAGUGCAGGUGAUGGAUUCUUUCCCCAGCAAAGGCAUAUAUAGUGACUUGAUGUCUGUAUGCUUAUGACUUUUCUCAAAGGAGGCAAAAUGUACUAGAAGAUCCUUAUCUCUGCAUUUGUUUUACAGAUACCUAAACAUGGGCCAGCAUAGUACCAAGGUCCAUAUAUUUUUAUUGCCAAGAAUAGUUAGCAGGUGCCUUUGUGCCUCUCACUGUAGAAUCUGGCAAUCUUUUUCAUCAGAAGGUUCUAAGAUUGACUUGGAGUAAUGAAAUCUAAAGUUUCAAAGAAAAAUCAGUUAUGAUUACAUUUAGCAUUCAUUUGCAUUGCUGGCAGUAGGCCAUAAAUGUCUGUGUUCUUAAUGAAAUGUUUUGAAAAAAUAUAUAACUUACAUUUUUUGAACACAAUGAAACCUAAAGGUAGCAAUAGAAUAUAGAUGCUGUUAGGAAUCCCAUACUCAACAGAAUAAUUCAAAUUUAAUUUAUUGAACUGUAGACAAGAUAAACUAGAAAACCACGCUUACUGACUCCAGUAUUUACUCAGAAGCUGUCCACAGAAAUGUUGUGGUGUAUAGCAGUUGUUACUAAAUGUGCCAAUUAACAGAGUUACUAUUUUAGUCCUAUAAUACAUUAAGCAAAAUGCUAAAUAUUUUGUAAACUUGAAAAGGAUAUCAUGAUUCAGUUAUCAGUAUUAUAAUUAUCUAUUGAUAUAGGGAAGUUAUUUAGUUAAGAAACUGUAAUGACAAGCAGAUAACUGGGCUGUUUCCAGUUAAAAAGCAUCAGUCAGGGAAAUGCUGUAACUGUUUAAAAUGCUGUUAUUACUGUGAAUUUCCACUGUGUACAUUUCCGUCAUAUGUUCAUAAUGUACAUAAAUACAUUCAGCAGGUGCAUGUAUAAGUACACAGCAAGCGGCUGUGUGUAUUUGGAGUUGAGGGCUCUAACACAGAACAGACAUUUCAUUACCCCAGCAAAAAUGUAAAAAUAGUUCUGCUUUGAAUGAAUACUUGUUUAUGAGUGCACCUGUUAUUUUGGCAGGGAUAGUAUAGAAGACCAUGUUCACAAAGUAAAUGGCCUGACAUUAAUGAUAAAGGAUAUGCUAAACUGCUGGUCCAUUUAUUACUGUGGGAAUCAGUUCGACACUGUUAAUAAUUAUAACUGAUACAGGAAAAACAUGUACAGUGCAACACAAAGAAGCUUUUUAUUCUCUCCCACACUGUAUGAUAAUCUAGAUCCUUUCUGUGAGUUCACUUAAUAUAUACUGUGGCAAAGAUUUCAGUCAUCCAAUAAUCAGCUGUAUACACAAUCACACCAUGACUGUGGGGCGGAGUUUUUCCUAAUUGGCAAGUGAACAGUUAUGUUUUCUGCUUAGGCCUGGAAGAAACUGUUACUGUAAUAAUGGACCUUUUUCAGCACAAAUCAAAAAAAUAUAUAUCUUUCUUUUAUUGUGUAAGAAAAUUGAUUCAGUUGUAUGUGCUUCUGCACACUGUACUGCUAUUCAUUUGUUACUGGUCUUUUAGUAAUAUAGUAUGUGUAUUUUUGAGUUACAGAAGUCUGUCACUAAAAUACUGUCUGGCACAGUUGUUGUAAUGUACCUGUGUUAUACUGAAUAAAUGUCUAGUUUAAGUAAGAAAUAAGUUACAACGAGCUGUGGUUUAAAGAAUGCUGAUAUGUGCCUUAGUAGUGUGAUAUGAUACCAGAAGAUAAACACCUUUACAGUACAAAGAAAUAUAUAAAACAACUGCCUGUGCUGUUUUAUUUUGCUUGUCAAGGACUCUAAGACAGUAAUUCAAACAAUUAUCACUUGCAGCAGAAAUUAUAGCAGCAACAUAAAUGUAAAAUUAGGACUAUUUGUGAAUUUUUAAAAUUACAUUUUAGAUUUGGUAUUAUACUGCUUAAGAUAGCGCCUUUGACAAAUAGAAGUCACUUUGUAGUACUUAGGUAAUGGGUGCUACAAACCAAUGGUAUACGUAAACAGCACUUAAUCAUGUAAUUGCUUUACAGAAGCUAAUAGAAUGUAUGAGAUGUCCAGAUAGCAAUGCCAGGGUGAUAGCAGCCAUAGCUGUUACUUAACAUCAUAACUAUAAAGAUAACACAGUUUUAAUAUCAUGCUAAGCGCAUAGUAAGGCAUUUGUAAGUCUGUGCUAUACUUUCCUUUAAAAAGUAUAGGUUUGUUCAUCACAUAAUUGACUUUUUUUAAAUUAAAUGAAGUAGAUUUAAAGAAAGUGUCUUGGCCCUGAGCAAACUGAUAGCAUUUCCACAAAUAAUGAACUGACUAGAUGUACUUUGUAAUGUAACAAGCACAGUAUAGGUGUGUUUUAAAUAUUUUAGUGUUUUUUUUUUCUUCUUCCAAAAUCUGAGUCUUCAAUAUUUCAGUCUUCAGCGGCCUAAAUGGUUAGAAAGUUAAGGUAGCAGAAGACAUUGCUUCACGUAGCUCAUUAAAUAUCUAAACUGCACCUAGAUUGUGUUAUGCAUUAUCAGAACUCAAGGUAUGCAAGGGCAGCUGUUUACAGGUAUUAGUUUACUAAAUAGUAAGCAAAGUGGACAGAAGACAGACAUAUGAAAAGAAAUAGUGUAAUAACAGUCUCUGCCUAAGGUGAUAAUUAAUGAGUAAAACCUGCAGUUAGGCAAACAUCACUUCCUAACUGUGGCACAAGCACAAACAGAAGUAUCUAUAAAUGAUCAGAUUAUUGCUUAUAGUAAUAGCUGCCAUUUUGUGUACAAGCAAAUAAACUAUGUAAAAGUCUCAUAACUGUCUUUCAGUCACUCUAUGUAUUUAAUGAAUAAAAUGCCAGACACAGAUAAGACACAACAGGAAACCACAUAAAACCAGUAUUAAAAAAAAGAAAACGCUGACAAUUUGGCACAAUUUCACUUGAGACCAUUGGUAACUGUGAACAUUUGAUUUCAGGGAGCUCUUCUCUAAGGCUUAAAACCCUGUAUGGUUUCUUACUGUUGGAUUUUCCAAAUGUUUAAAAUUUUGUUAAUUAUGGACUACUUAUUUCUUUUUAUAAAAUAUGUCUUUCAGCCAGCAGGCUGAGUUUGACUCGAGUCUGUAUUUCAGUUACCUGACUGAUGUCUUCUUUUUUAUAAAAUACAAUGCAGUCAUUGCUUCUGUGCUGCAAAUCAGUACACUAGCUAACAAAGUUUUGCAUAUCUUCAAUGUUUAUUUUUAAUCUAUAAAAUGGUUAUACCUUUCCUUGCUGUUGACCAUUUUUUUAAUCACUUCUUUCUUUUUGUAUCACUGUUUUACACAGUCAUGAGUAGUACAUUGCUGUAUAAUUUGUUUAUGCCACAUGUAAUACGAUUUCAGAUUAACUAAAGGUAUUUGAAAAUCUGAGUAUUUUUAUGUAUAAAGUCUUUACAAGCUUCUCUUAAAAUGUCCGACAAAAGCCAGUUCCUUUUCAAACAGAGGUCCUUAGUAUCAGUGCAGUGGUUGAAAGUUUCCUUUCUCAGUCAUGGGUCAAGAAUGAGUUAUGUUACAGGCUGAUAUAGCCAGCAAUGACUGUCCAUGGGAAUAUUAAAAAAAAAAUAUUUUAAAAUAUGUGAAAUGUCCAGUUUUGUUUCAGAGAAGUUUCCUGAGAGGAGGGCUGCUGAAAUAGCUGAAAGGGUCUUGAUACAGAAUUCUUCAGUAGUCAGGGAUUCAGUCCCACCAUAGUUACCACAAAAUUAUACCAGCAGAUCUGCGAACUAAGCACUUUGUUGUUCUCUACAGAGAGAAAAUACAGCAAUCCAGAGCUUCAUAUUUAUUUUUGUCUCUGUGUUUGUUACCUGUCUGUGCAAUAUUUCUUUCUAAUGUAGCCACAAUACUCCGAAAUAGAAGGAAUCAAUGUAUAUUUAUAUACAUAUAUAUUUUGCACAACUAUUCCAAAUUAUGUGAUUCCAGAAGAACUUGCUUUUUUGGGAUUUCCUUGUGUCCCUUGAUGCUUAGAUUGUUAAAAUAUAAUACAAUCUUAAAAUAAUAAAAGAAGAACCAUCUGUCUUUGUAUGUCAUCUAACAUUAAUCUUGUAAAGUUGCAUUCUGCAUAUAGAAAAUUUCCUGAAUAUAUCAGUGUUAACUGUUAACAAUAGUUGAAAUACAGUGAUAACAUAUUAAAAUAUGCAGACGUUUUGUCAUACAUGAGCAUCUGUAGAAGAGUCCAGCUGUGACAUGUGAAAUGUUCCAGAAAAGACUGAAUAACAACUUCUGAAGUGUUACUGCAUAUUGUUUAUCUUAAGUAAAUAUAACUGUAGUGUACACAUCUCUUUCAGACUAUAACCUUUUACACCAUCAAGUAACUCCAUUUGAGAUGAUUAAUACAAAAGGAUAUUUCUCAAGGCAUUAGUCUGUAACAGGGUUUUGGUAAGCAUGUAAUUUUUAUAAUUGAUAUUUAGGCUGUUCACUUGGUUACAGCUACAGCAAUCAAAUGAUAGAACGUGGUAUGUCUCAGCCACUGCUAACUGUAGGCCCUUGAUCUUCCAUCACUUUGGUACAGCAAUUUGUAACCACGAGUAGAAACAGAAUCCCAACAAAAAUUAAACUCAUAUUCAUUGAGUAGUGCUUUAAAGCCUGAUAGAGGAUGCUUGCAAAUAUAGUAAUUUAACUGUACUGGCGGUGAUAAAAUGUGUCAAUUCAUAAACAUUCUUACUUGCCCAUGGUCAAUAUUAUAAUGCCUAUAUGACAUCAGAAAUGCCCAGUUAGUGGGGUUUAAAUAUCUUCUGCAACACAAACAGAAUGGUUUGGAAGGGCAGGUGUAUUUUGCAGAGGAUACUGCUUCUCUGGAACAGUCUACCCAUCCGCAUUAAACAAAGUUUAUCCCUGUCCAUAGUCAGGCACAACUUGGAUCUUUGGAUGGGAAACUAAUGGACAGAGGCAGCUCCUAAAUGCUAUAUCACAUGCACAGGACCCCGCAAAUUAUCUAUGGUAUGAUCCCAGUUAUUCUCAUUAGGAGUAAUAUAUAAUUAUCAACCACAAGAGUUUUAAGGCCAGUCUCUAACCAAAUGGAAAAGGUUAAUCCAAGCACAACAAGGGAAAUUGGCUAGAUUUAAAAUGGCCCCCAAGGGCAGCUCACCUAGUACUUAUGUGUGAACCUAUAUUGCUACAGUAUGGAAUGCAGAAACAUUAGCUGUGCCAGGUUAUUAAUGCACAGGCUCCACAUACAGUAAAAUAAACCUCACACCAAAUAUGCUGAAAUGGAAAAUAUAACUAUCAUAAAGCUGUUAGUUAUCUAUGCUUGUCAGUGAAAUAUUUAGUAAAAAGUACUUGUGCAUAUCUUCCUAAUUCAUUUAGCAGAAAGAUAUAGGGUAGCUACAGUAAGGCUGGUAAAGAGUUAUAUAAUACUGGACUGCUGUAGUAAAAUUAGGAUGUUAUAUUAUUAAGUAAAAGGGAAAAUAUCAGUGUAAUCAACUAUAUUGUUAACAUAAUUAAUUAAAGCACAUUUUUACAGUGGACACUAGUCUUACAGAAUGUAAUGCAACUGUUGAAGAAAGCAGAAUUCUCCCAUUUCCAGCACCAUGUUUGUGCUAUUCAUCUUUUCUGGAACUACAGUAAUUAUAAAAUGUGUAUUUUGUAUUUUUCUAAGUUAUGAGUGAUAAUGUAGGAUAAUGUAAAGAAAUUUAAAAACAAAGUUCACCUCAACAUAAUGUUUAUGUAUUGUAUUGCUAUAAAAGAAGUCUGCAGUCAUUAUUGUAGAAAGAAUUUCCCAUCAUGCACUGCAUGCAGCAGAAGCCUCUUCUUAACAAUGAACUGAAUGAAAGUCAGCAGAUAUUUAAAUCUUGAAACUAUUGAUGUUGACUUGUUGUUUCAUAUGAUGCUGUGUGUUUACUGGCGUUUAGCAUGCAUUUCAUGUUUCCAUUGUAUAAUAUCAUUGCACUUCUGCCUGCAAAACAAUGUCUAAUUGUAUAUAUGAAAACAAAACAGUACAAUAUCAGAAAUGCAGUUACGGGAGGGGAAGUGGGACCAAGGAAAGCUGAAAAUGAUCUAGACUGUACAUAUUGUGUAAAUUAGUAUUACAGAAAUCUCCAGUCACUUUGAGAAUGCAUUCCUGUCUGCGCCUCGUACUUGGAAGACUUAUUUCAACUCUGACUUGUAACAACGAAGUAAAAGUGGUCUUCAGCACUGACUGUUAAAGACUUUAAAAAAGUGAACUACUUUCUCUAGAAGGUUCUAUCUUGUGUGGGUCAAGGCCCAUUUUGCGAGUACAGGGAAGGAAAGGAGUGCUUCAUUUUAAAAUGCAUUCUGUUUAUAAGUAGUAUAAAACCUUAUUGAUGUAAAACUAUAACUGUGAUAAUGUGGGGAACGCAAAAAUAAACCAUUUAAGACUCA